AUGACGACGUUGGCCGCGGCGCCGAGGAGGAGGAAGGACGGAGGAGGAGGAGGAGGAGGAGCGAGGAGGAGGAGGAGGGAGGAGGAGGAGGAGGAGGAGGAGGAGGAGGAGGAAGAAGAAGAAGAAGAAGAGGAGGAGGACGAGGACGAGGACGAGGACGAGAGCCGUGCUGUGCCGGACGGGUUCGACAAACAGAACACGAGCAAAAUGCUGUACGACUUCCGCGAGAAGAAAAAUAUCUUCGAGACCAUCAUCAAACUGGGUGGAGGGAAGUUCAUGAUGAACAAGAGGUUUUCCUUCAACAACCAAUACGGCGUGGUUGUGUGGUACAACGAGAUCGCCAAGCACGUCGUGACCAGGCUUGAGAAGGAUAGCUCAUACAUGAGCUCUAGGAACGGGUCGCAGGUCCGCAGGCGUUUCGGCAAACGGCGGAUGAAGACACUGAUGAAGUGGUGGAAAGGGCAGGUCGACGCCGACAAGAAAGCACGGCGGGAGGAGAUCAAAAGCACUGGCGCGAGCGGGGGGAAGGAGGCCAAGAGACCGAGGUUCCUCACCUCGCUCCGGAUGGAUGCGUUGAACGCCAACCCGGCCGUCAACACGAAGCAAGUCCUGAACGAGGGCUUUGACUUAGGCGGCGCUUUGGAGGGCGGCGGAACGAAGAGGACGAGGAUCGCCAGCAGCGGCGGCGGCAAGGCCCUGAACCUUGACGGCGAGGGCGGGGGGGAGAGGAAGAAGAAGAAGAGCAAGAGCCGUGACGGCGGCGGUGGCGGAGGAAGCAGCGGGGUCGGUGCGCCCGUGGACCUCACGGGCGACGCAAGCGCCGGGGGUGGCAAGAACAGGAAGAAGGGCGAGAAGAAGAAGCAGAAGGUGACCGGGAGCGGUGACGGCGGUAGCGGCGGCGGUAGCCGCCUCGUCGGUGCGCCGGUGGACCUUACAGGCGAGGCGAGCGCGGGGGGUGGCAAGAAGAAGGAGAGGGGUGGUGGGAAGGGCACGGGGAAGGGCAGAGGAAAAGCGAGGGCGGACGCCAAUGUCGACGGUGGUGGUGACGAGGGUUGCUCCUCCGAAGAGGAAGAGCAGGUCACCGACGUUUCCCUGUCACCGGCGGGUGAAGGGCAGAGCGGGGGGGGGCAGAGCGGGGGGGACGAGUCUUCCGACUCCGAGUCCGACUCCGACGCUUCCUCGCGCGACGGAGGCGGCCGGAGUAAAUCGAGGAGGAAGUCGAAAAAGUUCUCCCCCCAAGACACUCUGCACGUCUUGGGUAAGAUGAACCAGAAGGCGGCCAAGCAGCGCGAACAUAAUUUCUCGCGGUUCGCGGGUGUAGUCGAGAAGGUCUUGUGCGGGGGCGGAGGCCAGGGUGGGGGCGGGGGAGCGAGCUCGGGCGUCGCGGACCGUGCCGCAGAGCUGGAGAUUGAGAAACGGAAGCUUGCGCUGGACGAGAAGAAGGAGGCAGAAAAGCAGUGGCAGCAAGCGGUAGCGUCGGAGAAGGCUGGUACAGAAGGUGUCACCAAAGCAAUGGUGGCGGCGGCCGCACAGAGGUACUUCAGCCUAACUUAG